AUGGCCGCGAAGGAGCUUUUAUAUAGGAGGCCGAGGAUUUUUUUGACUAGUUGUGCAGCACACACUGUUGACCUGAUGCUUGAAAGCAACGGGAAGUUGAGUUUAUUCAAAGGAGCAAUUGAGAAGGCGAGGACCAUCACCAUCUUUAUCUAUAGUCAUCACAAGACUUUGUCUAUGAUGCGUCGCAUUUGUGACAAAAGGAACAUUGUGAGACCCGGAGGUACUCGUUUCGCCACUAAAUUUUUGACUCUGCGGAGUCUUCUUGAGAAGAAAGGGAAGUUGAGAUUUAUGUUUUCCGAUGAAGCAUGGGUGAGAUGCAAGCUUGCAAAGACCGCUAAAGGCGCUAAGGUGGAGGCGAUUGCUAUGAGUGAUAGUUGGUGGACAACGGUGGCCAAGAAUCUGAAGGUGUAUGCUCCUAUUUUUCGAUUGUUGAGGACAGUCGAUAGUGACAACAAACCCUCAAUGGGAUUUGUGGUGGGGAUGCUUGAAGAUAUGAAGAAGGAGAUCAUUCAAGUUUUCAAGAAUAAGGAGAAGGAUUUCAAGCCCGUGAUUGAUAUUAUAGAUGGGAAGUCCAAGGAUCGGCUCUUUUCUCCCUUGCAUAUGGCUUCUUACUAUCUCAACCCUUACUAUUUCUAUAGGGAUGAUGUAGUGAAGAAUUGCAAAAGGGCGAAAGAUGGAUUUCUAGAUGUGAUGGAGUUGUUCUAUCCUGAUGUAGAGCAACAAGUUAAAAUUCAUACUCAAGAGUUGGAGAGAUACAGAGAAGGAAAUGGUUCAUUUGCUAGGAUUGGAGCGGUGAAGGCUAGAGAGAAAUCAGACUUGAACCCAGGUAAAAUAAUUUUAGAAAUUGAAUCAUAUAUGACUUAUAAGUUAUCUAUUGUGCCAUUGUGGUAG